AUGCAAGGGAACUGCGCAGAAGGCGGGAAAAUUGAAAACAGCGACACACCUGCUAUCUGCUCAGCUGGUAAUGAGGCCCUGGUGAAGCACUACAGCAUUAACAGGGAUGUUUUGUUGUGUCCGACAAAGCGUAGACUACACCGAUUAUACCUUCCAACUUCGCUUCGGGGAGGUUUCUUCUGCAAAAUGAGAGAUUAUGCUCUAGUGGGUCAUGAAUGGGUGAAUACAAAAGUGGGGAAAGUGGCAACCCUUGGAUCGUCGUCAGCAAUUGCCAGCAGGGUAGAGCACACCACCAAGGCCUACGGUUGGGCCUUCUCGUCUCGUACUUCGAAAAGCAUAUUGUCGGACGAGACAACCAACCCAUCGGCCUUCUCUCAUUCCAGCUCGAUUCCUAGCUACAUGUAUACGUUGGCAAGCCUCCAACAAGCUGGCUUGGGCGACACCAGGAUAAUCGUUUAUAUCUGUCUUCAAGUUGGGAAACCUGAAGUCCAGGAAAUUUCAUCUUCCAUUGAGCAGAAUGAGUUAACACUUACAAGCACCGCACGAGACAAAGAAGCAGAGAUAUGCAAGAGGCCCCCCAAGCCCACAAAGGGAGACAUUGCCGGUUUGCAAGAGCUGAAUUCGUUUACCAAGACAGUAAAUCAAACAAUGCAAAGCUAUCAGGCGGAGCAGUCGCAGCCGGUAGUGAAGGUGGAACAACUGCUGUCCAGCUUACGGAAACGCUUUGACGACGUCCACGCUGAAGUUAAGAAGCGGACCGAAGAGGUUGCCCGUUAUAAAGAAGGCAUUCGGCAGGCAGACUCUGCUGAACACCAAGUCACAAACGAUAGGGCUCGCAUACACCAGGUCAAGCAAACGCUAGACUACGAUACUGACCCUCAGUAUGCAUCCCAGUUAUCUGUCUGCAGCUCAAACAAAGAUGUACAAUGA